GAAUAAUCAUCAGGACAGAGCACACAACAUCAGCCUUGCGAUUCGCGUCGUCUUGUCCAGUGUUGUCCGGCCAACCUUUCCACCCCACUGCUGCUGCUACCAAUAUUCUUCCGUGCUUUUCCCCCAUCACCGCGUCGUGUAGAUCUCCCCCCCAAACCCGUCAAUAACCCGGACCAAUCGCUCCCGUGCUCUUGCUCCCUGUAGCGCCGCCGGGGCGAGCUGUGCUGUGCUGUGCCGUGCCUCGCCGCGGGCGACCUCGCCGCCCCGCUCGUCUUCCCCGCCCGCCGCUGGACUGGUGUGGCGUGAAGUGGAGUGGAGUGGAGCUCCACCCAUCCGGACUGACUCGGAUCGAUUCUUCUUUCGUUGGUUUUUGGAUGCUGAUCAGUUUUAUCAGAGGAGUGCUUAUGGAUGAUUGCAUGGCUGUAGCUUGCUAAUUUAGGUUGCAAGCCCUACUUUCCUGUUUAUAGCUACAUCAUGGCACCACGCAAUAGGGCUUCAUCUAGAAGGCCUCUCUGGAUCAUCGUCUUGAUUGCUUUUGUCUGUGCGGUAGCCAUCGGAGCCUAUCUUUAUACUCCACGGCAUUACACAGCAUGUUAUCUGGUACCAUCAGAAGCCUGCGAUUCUCGGCCUCCUCCAGAACCUGCUAGGGUAUACACUGAUGAUGAGAUCGCUGCUCGUGCUAUCAUGAGAGACAUCAUUCGGGCACGGCCGGUGCAGUCAAAGAAUCCAAAAAUUGCUUUCAUGUUCUUGACACCCAGCUCAUUGCCUUUUGAGAAGCUCUGGGAAAAGUUCUUCAUGGGACAUGAAGACAGAUACUCCAUAUAUGUACAUGCAUCAAGAGAUAGGUCGAUUCAUUCAAGUCCAAUAUUUGCUGGCAGGGAUAUUCGAAGUGAAAAGGUAAUCUGGGGUACCAUUUCUAUGGUUGAUGCUGAAAAGAGGCUCUUGGCUCAUGCCGUACAAGAUCCUGAAAACCAGCAUUUUGUCUUGCUUUCUGAGAGUUGUGUGCCACUUCAUAACUUUGAUUAUAUAUAUAGUUAUCUCAUGGAGACAAAUGUCAGCUUUGUUGACUGUUUUGACGAUCCUGGUCCACAUGGAGCUGGUAGAUAUUCUGACCAUAUGCUACCUGAAAUUGUGAAGAGAGAUUGGAGAAAAGGUGCACAGUGGUUCACAGUGAAACGGCAGCAUGCAGUUCUUAUUCUCGCUGACACCCUUUACUAUGGGAAGUUCAAGCGCUACUGUAAGCCAGGCAAUGAAUGGCACAACUGCUAUUCUGAUGAGCACUACUUGCCAACUCUCUUUAAUAUGGCUGAUCCGACUGGAAUUGCAAAUUGGUCAGUGACACAUGUAGAUUGGUCCGAAGGGAAAUGGCAUCCUAAAGCCUAUAGGGCUGUUGAUACAAGCUUCGAGCUGCUCAAGAACAUCUCAUCCAUUGAUGAGAGCGUUCACGUUAGCAGCAAUGCAAAGCAUGUAGCGCAGAGAAGACCGUGCAUGUGGAACGGCAUGAAGCGGCCCUGCUACCUGUUCGCACGCAAGUUCUAUCCCGAGGCCCUCGACAACCUGAUGAACAUAUUCUCAAAUUUCACCAUCAUCUGAGCAGCAUAUUGGAGGUGUUAACAGUCAUUUUCGUUCUCCCUCCGAGUGCUGCUGUGUCAGCGCCGCCUUGGUACUAGGUGAGCAGUGUAGGGGAUGUACUUGUUGACGGAAUCCAUUAGGUGAUGGAAGCGGAAGCACCAUGAUGCAGAUAUGACUCUAAUCCUGUCGGAUCAGAUGGUGCCACCUGCUGCUGCUCUCACUCCGGUAGAUUACUGAUGAUGGCUGGACUAGGAUAUUUGCCAGAAAAUUUUGCCGGUGUAAACAUUGGUCCAGUGUGAUGUAUGAAUUGCUGUUGAUGCUUCUGCAGGGCUGCUGAUGAAUUGGGCUGUAUCACGUAUUACUUCUUUUUGCA